AUGAGCGAUCUACUCAGCAGCAUAUCGUACGACAGCAGCAACCUGCUGCUAGCUGCUUUCAUCUCGUUGCUACUAGUCAUCCUCUUCGUCCUGCUCCUUCACAUCUACGCCAAAUGGUACCUCUCCCGUCGGAUGAGGACCACCACCGUCAUCACCUCGCUCACCCUGCAGCCGCCGUCGGUAAUCAACUACCGCUAUCACUUCCAAACCCAUCCUCCCCUGCCCACCGCAGAUCACGAAGAAGGCGAUCAAGCCAGUGGUGGUGGCGGCGGCGGGCUCAACCCGUCCGUCAUUGCUGCAAUUCCGUUGUUCGUGUACAUCAACAGCAGGAGUCGUCGGAGUAGUAGCAGUAGCGGUGGUUGGAUAGAGGAACAGCAGGGGAGCAAGAGUGGCGUUGUUGUGAAUGUUAAGUACCAACACCAGUGUGUGAUUUGCUUGAGCAGCUUUGGCGAUGGGGAAGUUGGGAGGUGCUUGACUGGUUGCGGACAUGGGUUUCACGUUGACUGCAUAGACAUGUGGCUUCUUUCUCACUCCAAUUGUCCCAUCUGCCGAGCUCCGGCAGCUCCCCUGCCUCCUGCUGCUGCCGCCGCCGCGGCAGAUUCCGCUGACGGUGUUGCUCCGAGUAAAGCUGAAGAUGAUGGUGCGGAGGUUUGUGUGUUGAUCAGUGGCAGUGGAGAGUCGUCUGUGGCUGAUGAUAGAGUGUAG